AUGCCUCUGUUCCUCCUGCUGCUGCUGCUCUCCUCACGACUUCCGGAAACCCGAGCGCAACGGCCCUACCCGCUGAUGGGCGCCGACGGGCCCCUGCCAACUAACAUCACAAACGGCACAAUCCCGCACUCCGACAUCAGCGCCACGGUUCUGCUAGAACGCGUGGUCAAGCUUCUGGAGCGCGAGAACGCCUACGAGGUAAAGCCCCUGGUAGUGAAACGGGCGGUAUGGUGGCUGGUGCUGUCGUGGACGGAUUUCAACGCGGGGAGGGUCGUACAGGCGUCCACAGCCGCCACUGCGGGCGCAGCUGCCACGUCAAUCUCCACGAACUGCUCCCGCUACUGCGACAGCGGCGGCCUGGCUUCCAUGGGCUGCUGCGACGGCAUCUGGCUGCCGCACAUUGAAAUGCUGAACAUCCUGCAGUACUUUGAAGACCAGCUCCCUCGCUACCGCAUCAAUGCAAACCCCAACACGGGAAUCGUCACCUGGUCGACUCGUCUCGUGGGCAAAUGGUACACGCCCCUGGACUUCCGCGCGUACCCCUUCGAGCACCAGCACCUGCUGUUCGAGUUCGCGCUGGCGGACAGUCAGUCGACCGUGGCCGGCCUGCUCUGGGACCACGUGGCGCAGCUGAACAACACCGCACACACAAAAGCGCCCUUCAGCAACGCAUCUGGCAGCGAGCAGGUUGCGGGCUACCAGGCCAUUGCCAUCCACGACCGCUACUUCGCCAACAACACCGCGCGGGGUACCACCAAGCCGAAGCAUUGCGGGCUUUUCAAGAAAUACGACGAGUCCCGCGCCCUUUACGGGCCUGUCGUACUAGUCAAGCGUGUGUCAUCCUACUACGUUCUGACCAACCUCCUUCCCAUUCUGCUCAUCACGGUGAUCACCUUCGUGGUGUUCUUCAUGCCGCAAAAAGCCCUGGGAGAGCGAAUGGGUGUCGUGCUGACGAUGUUCCUGUCCCUGACGGCCAUGCAAUUCGUGUUUGACUUCCCGGCGGCCAACUACAUCAACGCGCUUCAGAUGGUGGUCCUUGUCAGCUAUGGCAUGAUUGCGCUGGCCUGCAUUGAGAGCCUCCUGGUAAACCGAAUCGCCACGGUUUCGGAACACGUAAGCACCAAGAGGACCUGCGUUCGGAAGUACGGCACCCUUUUAGCCAGCUACUCUCUGGCCCACCUCGGGCCAGGCCUUGGCUCCUUCACCAGGUCGUACGGCAAGGGCGGAUCUGCCAACGUCGGUCACCGUGGCGGCCAGGUGGUGCGCGCGUCAUCGUUGCUGUCGCGGCUCGGGAGCAAGGGACGUUCGGCGGCGGCGUCGGCGGCGACGGGAGCAGCAACAGGGAUGGGGCAAGCGGGAUCUACGAAUGGAAGCACUGCAAAUAGCCCUCGGGUGGAAUUUCCCGUCGUUGGGAGCCAGGGGCUCCUGCAGGAAACGCCAGUACGUGCUCCUCAAUCACCUUCGCCACCAAUCACACCCCCAACCAAGCCCAUACCGAAGCCCGCAGAGGCCAGCCUCGUCCACGACCCCACAACCGCCGCUGCAGCCGCUGGGCCUUCCCUCCCUACCUCCUACGCGGUGUCGACCAACGGCCCGUGGAACGGUGCAUCCGAUCCCACAGCCUUCUCCGCCCCAGCCCCGGUGACCGCAUCCAAGCAUCGCACUGGUAGCUUCGGCUGCUGCGUAUAUAGCGGUCCCCCAGAAAGCGAUGCUGGUCUGCUGUCUGCUGAUGCCGCCGAUCCCGUAACAACACCGCCUCAAGUCCUGUCGCCCUUCGCCUCCACGAGGAACUACACCUCCUUCAAUGUGGCCCAGGAUGAAAUGUGCUUGCCGCCCAUCACCGACCAGAACGCCAACGGGGACGCACGUUGCGCUGGCAAUGACGGCUGCAGCGGCGUCUCUAUCUCCCUCACAAAUACACGCGACAAUUGCGUGGCCAUGGGCCACCGCUACCGUAAGCUGGGGCUAUGGAGGACGUUCGGUCUGAUGUUGGCCGCGCUGUGGGGCUGGGCGGUGAGCAUCGCCAAGGCACCUCGGCACUUAUACCAGCAGUGCAAGGAGGACCCCGUUUUCGCGACUUUUGUGGCGACAUGCAUUGACAAAUGGUGCUGCAUCAUCAGCAUCAUUCUGUAUACGGUUGCCAUUUCCGUGCUGCUCGUGAUUGAAGUACGGGUGGGCGACCAUAAGAUGAUGCUGGGGGAUGCGCCGGGCAACAUGCUGAUGCCGCUACAGAUGCCUCUGUUCCUGCUGCUGCUGCUGCUCUCCUCACGACUUCCGGAAACCCGAGCGCAACGGCCCUACCCGCUGAUGGGCGCCGACGGGCCCCUGCCAACUAACAUCACAAACGGCACAAUCCCGCACUCCGACAUCAGCGCCACGGUUCUGCUAGAACGCGUGGUCAAGCUUCUGGAGCGCGAGAACGCCUACGAGGUAAAGCCCCUGGUAGUGAAACGGGCGGUAUGGUGGCUGGUGCUGUCGUGGACGGAUUUCAACGCGGGGAGGGUCGUACAGGCGUCCACAGCCGCCACUGCGGGCGCAGCUGCCACGUCAAUCUCCACGAACUGCUCCCGCUACUGCGACAGCGGCGGCCUGGCUUCCAUGGGCUGCUGCGACGGCAUCUGGCUGCCGCACAUUGAAAUGCUGAACAUCCUGCAGUACUUUGAAGACCAGCUCCCUCGCUACCGCAUCAAUGCAAACCCCAACACGGGAAUCGUCACCUGGUCGACUCGUCUCGUGGGCAAAUGGUACACGCCCCUGGACUUCCGCGCAUACCCCUUCGAGCACCAGCACCUGCUGUUCGAGUUCGCGCUGGCGGACAGUCAGUCGACCGUGGCCGGCCUGCUCUGGGACCACGUGGCGCAGCUGAACAACACCGCACACACGAAAGCGCCCUUCAGCAACGCAUCCGGCAGCGAGCAGGUUGCGGGCUACCAGGCCAUUGCCAUCCACGACCGCUACUUCGCCAACAACACCGCGCGGGGUACCACCAAGCCGAAGCAUUGCGGGCUUUUCAAGAAAUACGACGAGUCCCGCGCCCUUUACGGGCCUGUCGUACUAGUCAAGCGUGUGUCAUCCUACUACGUUCUGACCAACCUCCUUCCCAUUGUGCUCAUCACGGUGAUCACCUUCGUGGUGUUCUUCAUGCCGCAAAAAGCGCUGGGAGAGCGAAUGGGUGUCGUGCUGACGAUGUUCCUGUCCCUGACGGCCAUGCAAUUCGUGUGUGACUUCCCGCCGGCCAACUACAUCAACGCGCUUCAGAUGGUGGUAAUUGUUAGCUAUAUCAUAAUCGCGCUGGCCUGCAUUGAGAGCCUCAUUGUAAACCGAAUCGCCACGGUUUCGGAGUGUGAAAGCAUGAAGAAGACCUUUGUACAGAAGUACGGCGCCCUUUUAGCCAGGAGACGCCACCCUGGGUCACGCCUUGGCUCCGUCGCCAGGUCGUACGGCAAGGGCGGAUCUGCCAACGUCGGUCACCGUGGCGGCCAGAUGGUGCGCGCGCCAUCGUUGCUAUCGCAGCUCGGGAGCAAGGGACGUUCGGCGGCGGCGGCGGCGGCGACGGGAGCAGCAACAGGGUUGGGGCAAGCGGGAUAUACGAAUGGAAGCACUGCAAGUAGCCCUCGGGUGGAGUUUCCCGUCGUUGGGAGCCAGGGGCCCCUGCAGGAAACGCCAGUACCUGCUCCUCAAUCACCUUCGCCACCAAAGACACCCCCAGCCAAGCCCAUACCGAAGCCCGCUGGGGCUUCCCUCCCUACCUCCUACGCGGUGUCGACCAACGGCCCGUGGAACGGUGCAUCCGAUCCCACAGUCUUCUCCGCCCCAGCCCCGGUGACCGCAUCCAAGCAUCGCACUGGUCGCUUCGGCUGCUGCGUGUAUAGCGGUCCCCCAGAAAGCGAUGCUGGUCUGCUGUCUGCUGAUGCCGCCGAUCCCGUAACAACAACACCUCAAGUCCUGUCGCCUUUCGCCUCCACGAGGAAGUACACCUCCUUUAAUGCGGCUCAGGAUGAAAUGUGCUUGCCGCCCAUUACCGACCAGAACGCCAACGGGGAAGCACCCUGCGCCGGCCGUGUUGGCAUCUUCCUCUCGCACAUGAGUAUGCGUGAUAGCUAUGUCGCCAAAGGUCAUUGCCACCGUAAGCUGGGGCUAUGGAGGACGUUCGGUCUGAUGUUGGCCGCGCUGUGGGGCUGGGCGGUGAGCAUCGCCAAGGCACCGCGGCCCUUAUACCAGCAGUGCAAGGAGGACUCUAAAUUCGCGUUGUUUGCGGCGACCCGCAUUGACAAAUGGUUCAGCAUCAUCAGCAUCACUCUGUAUACGGUUGCCAUUUCCGUGCUGCUCGUGAUUGAAGUACGGGUGGGCGACCAUAAGAUGAUGCUGGGGGAUGCGCCGGGCAACAUGGCUGGUGGUGGCGGAGGGGAUGUUGGUGCAAAUGACCUCCUUGAACAAAAUCAGACAGUGCAGGCGGCCGUCUUCGGCGUGCUCUACACCUUGGCGAAGGAGAAACUGGAUAGGUCAAAGCGGUUUGCCGUGGCAAGGCUCGCGCUCGACUUCUUGCAGUGUUUUAUCCUCAUUGUCAACCCCGCAUAUGCCUUGAAGCCUUGUGUUCCAGGCUGGUCUAUCGACACUGGCGCGUGGUACUGGAAAGCCGUGAAAUGGGUUCACUUCAGCAACCCUAUCGUAUCCAAGGGUUACCAUUUCUUCGUCAGUAUCCUUUACUCCCUGGCUGCAGCUUUGGCAGUCAGCGUCGUUUUGUGCGUAUGGGUCGGGUGGUGCUUUAAAAACGACCGCUUUCCUUACGUCUGGCCCAUAAAGAUGCUUCGCAUCGUGGUCGCGACGUUCUUCGUGGUCUUUUAUGUGGGCUCUCUCGCCAUCUUUAUGGUGGCGUUGAGCUGCCGCUGGUUCGACCCAGAUCACAACAAACGAUUUCACCUUCGCGCCUUUCCCGAAGUUGAGUGUCUGAGCAUGCCCCAUUUGGUACACGGCGCCGUGGCGCUGGGCUGCUCCGUCGUCUUUUGCUUCAUAGCCUUUGCGAUGACUGUGGCGGACUUUGAGAUGAAUCCCGCCAGCCGCCGGUGGCUGUCGGCACCGCACGCGAGGGUGGAGGUCCGGGGCCUAAUGGUCAAAACCGUCAUGACGGUCACGGUGGCGGUCUUGUCAGGCCUGAUGCGUGUGCAGGCCGUUAUCCUGAGCUCGUCGGCGGCGUUUCUUUUCUGGUCUUACGUGCGAUGGGAACCACACUUUAUCGAAUGGAUCAACCAUGUGCGAGCUGGGCUGUACGCCAUGGUCAGCUGGGCUGGUUUGAUGCUGCUGGCUAUCACCUUCAGCCCGCAUCGCCGCGAUGAACACUACCAGUCCAAGCUGACCACCAUCAUGGUGGCCGGAUUGUUGCCGGCGCUGGGAGCCGGCUUCCUUAUCUCCUUCAUCCGCCUGCGAUUCAGCGUCAAGCACGCGAUUCGGUCGUUCUGUCACAUCGACCCGAACAAGUCCCGUCUGAAGGACAUCUACCGCUUCACGGACGCCAGGGAGGUGGAGAUUGUGUCGCGCGUGUGUCGCAAGUGGACAGAGGACGACGUGCUGGAUUCGGAUGCGGUGAAGCUGUCGGAGACCAUCAUCAAGGUCGGCCUGUCGCAGUUCCACGACGAUGUGUUCCUGACCAUCACGUACUCGAACUUCUUGAUCGAGGUUCAGAACAACUACCAGUCUGGUGUGACGCAGCUGCAGCAAGCCAAGAAACUUGAGCCGUCCAUCAGCGACCGCUUUGCCAUUUUCGUGCGCGAGCAAGAGCACAAGCAAAAGGCGCAGAGCCAGAGCAGUGGAGAGAGCGCUGUGGAUCUGGUGUCUUACGUUGAGUUCCAACGCAACUAUCGGCUGCUGCUGCGCGCACACAAGGGCGCGCUGUACGCGACGAGGCACUUUUGGAAGCAGCUGCUUCACCAUGACGUCUCUUUCAAUGCACUGGCGCGCGCUUUCCGCCAAAUUGAGGUAUCCAAGACCAAGGCCGACCGCACGUAUAAGAUGGUGCUUGACAGGUACCCUAGCAGCGUCAAGUUGCUACGCAGCUACGGGCGUUUCCUGGAGGAGGUCAAAAACGACCCAUGGACCGCAGCAAAGUACUACAGCGAGGCGGACAAGGUGGAGGAGCAGCAGGAGAAUGCCGCAAACGACGCCAUGCUGAGCGAUGCCGUGGGCGACGGCGACCCGUCAUCUAUGCUGGCACAGGUGGAUGAGAAGAACAACGCCGUGGCGGUGAUCAACGCGGUGGGCAUCAUCCAGAUGGCGAAUAAGCCGCUCAUGAAGCUGUUUGGCUACAAGAAGGGAGAGUUGGAGGGCAAGAACAUUUCCAUACUCAUGCCGCAGCCGUUUAGCCAGCGCCACAACGGGUACCUGCGGAACUACACUACCACGGGCAAGGCCAAGAUCCUGGACACCGUUCGGGAGGUGGUGGCCAUCCACAAAGACCGGUUCGUCUUCCCGCUCAAGAUUGCGGUCACCAAGGUGUCGGGCACCGGCGCUGACAGCCUGUUCAUGGGCGUGCUUAAGCCGGCCGAGGACGACCCUACCACGGUGCACGCCUGGAUGAUGACCCAGGGCACCAUCCUGUGUGUCGACCAGCGCUUCAGUGACUGGUUUGGCCGCAGCCCCAGCGAGGUUGUGGGCCGCCCAUUUAACACGCUGGCCACAGAGCAGGACGUGCUCAUCAAGCUGUUGGACCUGGCCAAUGCCUCAACGGAAGCAGAGUUUCAGGAGGGACGAGUCAGCAGCGAGCAGGUGCAUCUGCUGCACAAGUACACGGAGCCGGUGGCGUGCAGACUCAAGAUUACGCUAGGUGGCACGGACAGCCAGCGCAUUUUUGUGGUGCACGUCAAGCGCGUGCGUAAUGACCAGACCAACAUGAUGGUGACGGACCAUAAGGGCCGCAUCAUGUACAUGAACACCGACCUGGCCACGGCGCUGGGUUACACGCCCAAGCAGGCGGUCAAGAUGGAUAUCAGCCAGCUCAUGAGCCCGCCGUACUCACAGCUGCACUACAAAUACAUGAAGGAGCCGCCCGCCAAGGUGCCGCUGCAGAGCUGCAGGAACGCGGCCACAGUGGUGAUGCUGGAUGCAAAGAAGCAACCGCACCCCGUCAAGCCCCACCUGUCCAUCCGCGAGGAGAAUGACGUCAUCACGCACGUAGUCAACGUGGAGUUUUCCUCAUGGGAGCGGGGCUUGGACGAGCGCCGUCUGUCGCUCAUGGUGGACGAGGCGGGCGUGAUCCAAUCCACGUCCGAAACUCCGAUGGGUGUCUUUGGCAUCAAGCCGGCUUCCAUGGUGGGGCACAGCAUUGCUGAGUACGUAGAUACGCUGUCGCCGCUUCGCAGCCAGUUGCCCGACAUCCUCAAGAAGAUGAUGGCCAUGCAAGCCGAAAAGCCUGGCUACACGUGGCGUGUGGGCGUGCACCCGCCGGUGGACGAGGUGGCGCUGGCGAGCGCCAGUGCUGUGGCUCAGGCCAUCCUGGCCAAGAACACGCGGCCCGCGCUGAUGGGCAUCGAGGUUAAGCCACCCGCCAACGAGGGCGACCUGCCGGGCCCCCCUGUCCUGUGUGGGUUGCGUAGCCCGCGCCCCCUCAUUUUCGCUUCAGCAGCCUCUGCGCUUGCCUGUGCAUAUUGCCACCUCUUUGAGCUGUGUUUCAUUGACGCGGCUCAGCGCCACGGUACCACGAUCACGGUCAGCCUGUACAAGGCCGACAUGGUGACGGGCGUGGUGCUGGUAGACCACAACAUGGUGGUAAUCAAGCCCAACUGCUGCGUGCUGCACACCACAGGCCUGUGCUUUGGCGUGUCAAAUCAGCUGAUGCUGAAGCGCAAGAUUUCGCAGUUCCUGGACGUGCCCCACAACGUGCACUCUGAGUGGCUGCUUUCGGAUCACAAGGUCAAGGGCGCGAUGAAGACCGGCACCACCGGCCGAAAGAUCGGCCCCACGCGCGUCAUCAGCGGAUUCCAUGAGGAUGGUCAGCCGUUGCAGCUGAGGAUGACGGCCGUUGCGCACGAGAACAAGCGCGUCAACAUCAAGCUCAAUUUUGCCUCCUACUGGACCGGCAACACCGAGAUCUUCAUGCGGACGUUGUCAGGGGAGGGGGGACGCACUCAGGCUCGGCCGAUGGAGGGCUUUGCAAACCUAGGCCAGGAGCCCAAAACCAUCGGCCGAAGCGGCCGCCGUGUGGUGGUCAACACGUCUGGCAAGGGCGGUGUCAAGUGGGCGGGUGACGCGGGUGCCGAUGACGACGAAAAAAGCGUCAAGGGAGGGCGGAAGGAGGCGGCGCUGCCGCACUCACCGACUAACGAGAAGCAGGAUGGUGGCGGCGGAGGCGGCAGCGACGACGGCCGAAAGUCCGACGAGGGGUCGAUGUCCGACAGCGGCAGUGGCGGCAGCGGCGGCGGCGACGACGCGGCGGAGGAAGGCAAGGACAAACUGGACGCCCUGGUCGAUCCGGCGGCGAACAACGGCUGGGGCCAGAGCCCUGCGAACGGCUGGGCGCAGGGUGUGGAAGACGAUCAGGCGUCUGGCGUGUCGGGUAGCCAGGUAGACGGCGCGUCGGUGGUAUCCGGUAGUGAAGCGGGUGGCUACCAGACCGACUUUAAGCGAGGCCGGCGCUUCAAGAAGCUCAUGAAGUUGCUAUCGUCGGCCAAGGCCAAGGCCGACCUCACGCGUUACAACCGCCACACCUACAUCGUCAUGGCAGUGCUGUUGCUCGUGCACGUGGUGUGCUUUGCACUGUUCCUGGUGUUUCUGGAGAACCAGAAGAAGUACGUUACGGAGGUUCACGCGACACAGGACACGUCCACUUAUGGACUGGACGUGGCCAUCCUUGCGCGCGCUUUGGAUAACGUGUAUAAGAACCAGGUCAACCCCAACUGGUACACCUGGGACGACCUGCAAACCAUCCUGGACGAUAUGACGUACGCCAUUGAUCGCAUGGAGGAGGGGCAUCAGGGACUGUACCUGGGCUUUGGCAAGCUGCGUCAUCUGGGGGACGUGUACGAGCUGGGGGCCAUAUGGGAAGGGCGUACCUUGAACGACACCACCUACAUCGACACGCGGAACCCUUACUUUUUGUCGUCCAAGAACAGCUUGUGGCUGAUGGGCAACGCCUUCAUCGCGGCAGGACGCGAGCUGGUGUCCAACCACAUCCGCAUAGCCAACGCCACAAACAAAAACUUCUUGCUCAACAGGGAUUGGCAGUACAUCAACAAGAACGGCCCCGCAUCCAUCGCCAGCGGCUACCGCCUAAGUCUAAACGGCAUGGUGCUACGCACAUGGGACAGCGUUGGUAAGGUCAACAUGCUGGGUAUCGGGCUGCUGGUGGCGGAGGGCUGCGUCGUGUGCGGCGCGGCGGCGCUAUACAUGUGGAUUCUGCUCAAGCAAGUGGCGCGCCAGCGAUACGGCCUCUACUCGGUCUUCCUGGUCAUCCCCACCGGCUUCCUGCGCGCGCUGGCCAGCAAGCAUGUGCAGGUAGAUGGCGAGGACGAUAACGACAGCGACAGCGACGCUGGCGACGAUGCGAAUGCCAACAAGGAGCGCAACGCGGGCAACAAGGACUCCACUGGCAAGGGCGAGGGUGGUGAUGGGAAGGGCGAGGACGAGGCCAAGCCUGUCAUCCUGCCGGGCAUCAAGACUAAGGCUGUCGUGGUGGAGAUGGGUGAGGCGGCUGAGGCGCCGCAGCCGCUGUGGCGCCGCACGCUGCGCGGCGUGUCUAGCUUGCUCGGCAUUGACAGGAAGACGCUGGGCAACGGUGGCGUGGAUACUGGCAAACGCAAGCUCAUCCGCGACAACCGCGACACCAUGGUGCUUACGGUGCCCUUCCUGAUAUGGGGCGCUGUCGUCAUCGCUAUCUACACCUUCUCCUACCUCACGCUCAAGAAGGUAGCCGAGCCGCUGGUCAAUCUGGAUGUGGCCAAUCGCGUCAAGACAAAGAUCAACCGCUGCGUGUUCACGGCCCAGGAGGUGAUCAGCCAAACGGACAUCACGAGCCGGACGGCCUGGCAGGCGGAGCUGCUCAUCCGCCAGUCGGACCUGGAAAUGUUUUACGACGCACUGCUGUACGGCAGCAACAAUCUGCCGGAGAUGGCGUUCUCCCACACCAAGGGCACUCUUUUCAGUGGCGCGGCGCCAGCGGAGAUGUUCUUCCGCAACAAAGAUGUAUGCUACGUGACCAAGAACCCCGGACGUUGGUGCUUUCCGGAGGGCGACAUGUACCAUGAGGUGUCCGCGAACGCCCUGGACCCCAUGAUAAGGCGGCUGAUUGAGGAGGCGCUGCUGUUGGGCAACGAUGCGCACUCGGACCUCAACUUCAACAGCACCCGUUUCGACUACAUCUGGCGGGUGGCGUUCCACCAGCUGAUGCAAGGAGUCUGGUCGGCCAACAGCAUUUAUACAACCGCCGCCAACGCCAACUUUGGCAAGGUCCGUAUGGCCCACAUCAUACUCUUCGUGUUGUCACUGGCGCUCGUGAUGCUGUUCCUCAUUUUCAUGUUCCGGCCGUUCAUCCGGCGCACCGCCAUCGAGGCCCGCCAGGUGGCGGAACUGCUUAGUCAGCUGCCGCCUGAGAUGGAUGUGGAGGGACUUGUCGCAUCGGCCAUGACCAACAGACGAAGAGGCGAGGAUGAGGACGAGGCGGUGGCUGGACGGCAAGUCCGGCGGUCGGCCGAUGGGCGGGCUGUGAAGGGAGUCGCGGGUCGGCGCGCUUCUGUUGAGAUGCGCGCUUCGGAAGCGGCAGCAGCGAAGAAGGGUCGCGUGGCGGAAGAUGACGACGACGCGUCGUCGGUUGGAUCCAGCAUGGGCUGA